UUUUGGUUGUCAUAGCAAACAAGAAAAAAAGUUCAAAACGGAUCGAAUUUUCACUCGGGGCUUAUUUGCACAACUCAUAAUAAAGUGUCUGGUAAUAAAUGAGAAGUUUUUGUCAAUAAAAAUACGAUUUUUCGAAUUUUUGCCGUCUGAAAUGCCGGAGGAAUCGAAAACGGAAGGUGAAAUCGAAAAUGUUCGAGUAGUGGUGCGAGUUCGGCCGAUGGACAAAAAUGAAAUCGAUUUCGGCUGCCAGAACGUGAUAAAAACUGACAAGUGCAAUCGAAGCAUUACUGUUUACAAACCGAAUGCGAAUUCCAGUGAACCACCAAAGGUGUACUACUUCGAUAAUGUUUUCGGUGAAGAAUCCACACAGAUCGAUUUAUACAUUGACACCGCCCGUCCGAUCGUCGACAAGGUGCUCGAAGGAUACAAUGGCACUAUCUUGGCGUAUGGCCAAACUGGCACCGGUAAAACGUACACCAUGUCCGGUAACCCGGACUCCCCCCAAACCAAAGGUAUAAUACCGAACACAUUUGCCCACAUCUUUGGGCAUAUCGCCCGCGGUAAGGAGAACCAAAAGUUUUUGGUACGUGUUAGUUAUAUGGAGAUUUAUAACGAAGAAGUACGAGACUUGCUGGGCAAGGAAAUUAACAAGAGUCUAGAGGUGAAAGAACGAGCCGAUAUUGGAGUGUUUGUCAAAGAUUUAAGCGGUUAUGUGGUGCAUAAUGCGGACGAUUUAGAUAACAUCAUGAAAAUGGGAAAUAAGAAUCGAGUUGUGGGAGCCACAAAAAUGAAUUCCGAGUCUUCACGUUCGCAUGCUAUAUUUUCCAUAACAAUCGAAUCCAGUGAAACAGAUGAAGUUGGAAAGCAACUGGUAAGGAUGGGUAAGUUGCAGUUAGUAGAUCUGGCUGGCUCAGAGCGGCAAAGCAAAACACAGUCCAGUGGAUUGCGACUCAAGGAGGCUACUAAAAUUAACCUAUCGUUGUCGGUUCUGGGAAAUGUGAUUAGCGCAUUAGUUGAUGGAAAAAGUACUCACAUUCCGUACCGUAACUCAAAACUAACUCGACUAUUACAAGACUCUCUGGGGGGCAAUUCCAAGACGGUAAUGUGUGCCAGCAUAAGUCCGGCUGAUUCAAAUUACGUUGAAACUAUUUCCACGCUGCGCUAUGCCUGUCGCGCGAAGAAUAUCCAAAAUAUGGCUCAUAUUAAUGAUGAACCGAAGGAUGCUCUGUUGCGCCAUUUCCAAGAAGAAAUUAAAGAACUUAAGAGACAACUGGAAGAAGGCGUCUUCAUGAAUGGCAUUGAAACGGAUGAGGAAGAAGAAGACGAGGAAGAUGAAGAAGAUGAAAUUGAAACUGAUGAAGAGAAAGAAAAGGAACGCAUGGAAAAGAAAGAAAAGAAGCGCAGAGAAAAGGCUAAAGAAAAGCGAGAAAAGGCCGACGCGGAAAAGGAAUUACUUGAAAAGAAGGCAAUGGAGAACGAGGAAGAAAUCAGUCGGGCGAAAUCGGAACAGGAUCAACUUCGCGCAAAACUGUCCUCUUUGGAGAACAAAAUUCUUGUUGGUGGUGAAAACCUGCUGGAAAAAGCACAAGCACAGGAAAUGCUUUUAGAAAAAUCUCUAGUUGAGCUUGAACGACGCGUAAAAACCGAACGCGAGUUGGAGGAGAAUCUACAAAAAAUCGAGGCCGAACGAAUUGACAUUGAGGAACGGUAUAGUUCCCUACAAGAGGAAUGUGUUGGAAAAACUAAAAAACUGCAACGGGUCAUGUCAAUGCUGAUGAGCAUUAAAUCCGAGUUGGCUGAUCAGCAGCAGGAACAACAGCGCGAGAAAGAAGGCAUUUAUGAAAAUAUUCGCAGUUUAUCACGAGAGUUGGCUCUCUGUGAAUUGGUAAUAAACUCCUACAUUCCUAAAGAAUAUCAGAACAUGAUAGAGAAAUUUACCCACUGGAACGAAGACAUUGGCGAAUGGCAGCUGAAAUGUGUAGCAUACACGGGCAACAAUAUGCGUAAAAAUGUGGCCGAACCAAAACUCAACACCAAAGAAACGGAUCUGAUUGAUUUAUCGCAUGUGUACUUGAGUUACAACACUGAUUCUGUAACGGAACCAGUGCGGGCCAAAACUGCCAGGCCACGCACAUCGGGAAUAGCUCGGCCGACUACGGCUCGAAAGUAUUAUUAAGCUAGAUCUGAAUAUUUCUGCAACGCGAAAGCGCCCAGCACAAUGAUCAAAAGUAUUUAGGUAGAGGAGAGGCUUUCUUUAUUCGCACCCGUGUGUUGAUUCGCACGCUUGUUGUAAAUUAUGGUAACCCAUCAUGUUUCAGUUCAGUUCUUAAAUCACGUGCAAUUAUGUUCUAGUCAAUAGGACAAACUGUCACCAGUGUUUAUAAUUUUAGAAUUUUUUUGUAAUGUACUUGUGUUCAUUGUUUAUCUUAUCAUAUUAUCAAUAAUUCACUACAAACUAUCUGCUGUAAAACUGUAACUGUUGAUGUGAUUCUAUCUAUAGAAAGGGGGUUCAGUUUUAUAUGAAAUUCUGUUUGGCAUUCGGUUUGUGGAUUUGUAACUUGUGUUCCUUACGUUUCAGCAAAUAUUAUUUCAGUCGUAACGAGAUUUCUUUUAUAUUAUGCAAAUACAUCACACACAAAUAGUAGUCACACAAAAAUUCCAGUUCAAUUGAGAGUCGUAUCCGAUCUAUACUCACAUUGAUAUUUGUCUAUGUAUAUUUGCUGAUCAAUAAAAGCUAGUUCGUUGA